AUGGCCGAGACCACCGAUAGGUGCUACGGCGACGGCGCCCGGCUGGUGCUGAUCGCCGCUCCCGAGCUCCAGUGCGCCGGCGCUUCGUCCGCGGGCGAGGAGCGGCUCGCGCUCGGGGCCGAUCCCGAGGGCGACCUCGCCGCCGCGGCCAGCGGGGCCGACGACUUCCCCACGGCCGACGACGAGGUGUACGAGCACGGCGCCAUGAUCCGCAUCCCCCUGGGACCCUCGGCCUGGAGGUUGAGCGUCGCCGACCUCGCGGGCAUGCGGCAGGACCUCGCGGCCCUGGGCGAGCGCUUCGGGGUGCUGGCGCAGGAGCCCAGGGGAG